CGAAAAACAGACAGUUUACACCAUAACCCAGCACUCCAUGGCUAAGCUAGCUAACUGCCUUUCAACCCCCUUUUUUUUUUCCUUUCAAAUUCUCAACUCUCACCUCCAAAUUCUCUCAUCUCAUUCUUACACAUUUCUAUCCCUCUUCUUCUUUCCAUCUCCCUCUUCCUUUUGCAUCAAUAUGGGUUGUUCCGGAUCAAAAUUCGACUCUAAAGCAGAAUCUGUGCCCACCAGGCUGAGGCCGCUUCUGCGUCGGAAGUUUGAGGAGAUGAGAAGACGGAAACAUGGACUUUCUUUGAAAGAUGACGGCUCAGCCACCCUUUCCAAGAAAGAGCUGCUCAAGUUUGGUGUAUCUGACGACGAUAAUUCCUCUCAGCCUCAGGACGUUGAUCAUAAGAGCAUUUCUUCUCAAGAGGAUCAUGGCCUCAAGGUGGUUCCUCCUCCGGAGUCUGUUGAAACUGCACCUAAGAAUAAGAUGGAUCCUAAUAAGGUUGUAGAAACGGCACCAUUGCCGCCAGCGAAACCAUCUAAAGAUGUGGAGCAUGAUCAGAAGGCUGUGGAAGUACCAUCCCCAGCAGGGUCUCCAAAGGAGUCUGACGAAUCAAAGAAACAGAAAAAUAUCCAACAAGAUUGUAAAGAUGAAGAUAAAGAGGAGGGAGCUGAAGUCAAGGCAGUGGAGGCAAUGCCCGGCGUAGCAGAGAUGCAAGAAACAAAAACAACCGGAGAUGAGAAUGGAGAAGAAACGGAAGAAGAGGAAGAGAAUGGAAGGCUCGGCAGCUUGACUCAAGAAUGUAACUGUCCUGGAUCCCCGAGUUUCAGGGUUUUUUUUAUCGAAUCACUGGACAAUAUCAAGGAAGAUGAUGGCAUUGGUAAGUAUCUUCAAAACCAAAAGAAGAUUUCUGCAUUUAAAGGGUUAAUUAAUUUGUUGGCAAUAUUAAUGGUGACUCUGGUUCUUGCAGAUAAGGAUGAUGAUGAUGAUGAUGACUCGGACAAAAAAUCACAGUGCGAGGUCUGCCCCUCGGCCAUUGAAUCCACGGAUAAUUCUGAAGCGGGUUCCGAGACCAAGACAAAGAAGAAAGCAAAGCGAAGGAUCAGGUUAAGAAGGGUGAUACCCAAGGGAAGGCCAGGAGCUGUAAGGAAUCUGCUGAAUGUUAAAUCAUGCUACAAUCCAGCCUGCAGUGGCCACGAUAAUGGUCAUCUACUUGACGAAAAAGCAGUCGCUUGAUUUUAUUAGACUUUUUUUUUUUGUUAUAAUCUUUUUCACUAGACAAGAGUCCCCUUCUUUUGCAAAAACAUGGGAAGCCUUACGAAUUGAAGGGUUCUUUGUCAUAUAAUUAGUAAUCCAUGAAUACUAUUAUGUUUCCCAUGUAAUUAGUCAGCAAUGAAGAAAUGCAAAAUGUUUCUGC